CUUUUCUUCUUCAAGUCUCUCUCUCUCUCUCUCUUCAUCACUCUUCUUCAAGUCUCUCUCUCUCUCUAAAAGUAUGAUGCUUCUUCAAGAUGGCUACUCCAAUGAUCAAGGUGCCCCGGCGACUCUCGAUCACUUCUCUUCUCAAAGAGAUGUUGUCUACAGUUGUGGGUCUUGUGGGUAUGAACUAAAUCUCAACUCAUCGAAUCGAAACACCACAAAUCUUGGAUCCAAGUAUAAAAAAUCAAUUAAAAAGGGGGUUGUGUCAUUUUACUCGGUAGAUGAGAGUCGUUUCUCACAAACCGAUGAGUUGAAAUGCCUACCAUACUUCACUUCCAAGAACUCAUGGGGACUUUUCAGGAGGAGAACGAAGCUUCUUUGUCGAAAAUGUGGAAAUUAUAUUGGUAGCUGUUAUGAAGAGAGCUCAUCUCCGAUUGUCUCAGAUAAUUCAGACUCAAGCUCCGGAAAUGGUGUUGGAGGUUCAAAGAAGUAUAAUAUCAGGAUCAGUGCGCUUCAGCCAUUCUCAGAUGUUUCAGGUGCUCCUUUAUUCACUUCUUGAUGGUUAGCUUAAGAUUUGGAAAAUGAUUGGGGAAGAUAGAUGAUGAAAAAAUGGCCUGAGUGUUGAUGUUCAUUGUAAACUUGUACAAAAUGUCAGUUUCAAAUUUGGUUGAUAGGAUGUGAAGAUCUACAGUGAUUGAAGUUAUGCCAAGAUCAUUUUGUUGUGUGCAAUGUGUUGAAUAUGAAAAUAAGUCCUCUUGUGUAAUUGGUUAUGUGUAUGUGUAGCUCUUCAUUUGCAAAAAAAACUAUCGAAUGGAAAUUUUAUCUAUUCUUACUGGUAUA